CAGACGUGGAUGGGGGGGAGAGGGGGGCGGGGAUACACAUAAGUUACGAAUAUGAUGCGGCCGGUACCCAACUCGCCUUAACUAUCGGAGCUCCCUCAUCUCGUUGACAGUGCACUACCGCUACUAUACUAUCCCGAAGCACCACAGAAACGAAAGAAAAAAAAGAUGUCCGCAAUUGAAGUUGACCCCGCUGUUCUCGCAAACCACGACGACGAAGACUAUGCGAGCUCCGGCUACGACACGGACACGACGAGUCUGACCUCUUCGGUGACGAAAUACAUCUUCGAGAAUGGCCGUCGCUACCAUGCCUACUUCGGCGUCGACAAAAACCUGAUGCCUACGGACGAGAAGGAACAGGACCGGAUGGAUCUGCAUCACGAGAUCAUGCUGUGCCUGCUCGAUCGAAAGCUGCACACGGCACCACUGGAGAACCCGCAGCGGAUCCUCGAUGUGGGAACGGGGACGGGGAUUUGGGCUAUCGAUAUGGCGGAUUCGCAUCCUUCGGCCGUGGUUACGGGGAUAGAUCUGAGUCCGAUUCAGCCUUCUUGGGUUCCGCCGAACUGUAAAUUCGAAGUCGACGAUGUCGAAAAGCCCUGGAUGUACAAACCGGACACCUUCGACUUCAUCCACAGCCGCAACCUCGCGCAGUCUAUCAGCAAAUGGCCCGAGCUAAUGAAAGACAUGUACCGGUGCACGAAGCCGGGCGGGUACGUCGAGCUCGCGGAGACGGAAGUCUCAGUAUUCUGCGACGACGGGAGCAUGAAAGACUCCAACGGGCUGAAGCGCACAUUGGACCUUCUCACCUCGGCAGUCGUCAAGAUGGGCCGACCCCCACCAACGCCGGAGGUGCUCACCGCGCGGCUCGCCGACGCCGGGUUCACGGAUAUCCACUGCAUCACGGUCAAGCAGCCGGUCGGCCCGUGGCCGAAGGACAGGGUCAUGAAGCAGGUGGGCGCGAUGGCGCUGAUGACGUGCGAGACCGGCAUCGAGGCCUAUGCGCUCGCGGCGAUAACGAGGAUCCAUGGCAUGCCGACGGAUGAGGCUACGCAGCUGUGUAAAGACGGCUUGAAAGAUGCCAGGAAUAAGAAUUAUCACAUGUAUUGCAAGUUCCACGUCGCGUAUGGAAAGAAGCCGGAGGCUUCUGAGGACUAACCUAGGUCCUAGUAUAGGCUUGUAGUGUUGGCCCGUAGGCGCCGCCUAGUUAGUGGCAAUCUGGACUCUGCAUGCAGUUCACCAUCGAGUUCGUGCCUUAUGUACUCUUGUUCACCAACGUAGCGUUCUUUUCUGCUUUUUUCGUUCUGGAUGUGAGUUCUUUUGUUCGUGACGUGUGGGGGGUGCGGACAUCCCGUGGCAGAGUGGGGGUGAGGUCAUCCCAUAUAUACUUGAGGCGUGCAUGUCUUGCCCCCCGCAUGCCGCCGCCUGUGCUGUGUAUUCUUCGGCGACAAUAAUAUCGAGUAAUUGAAUGACUACCCGUAUUGAUGGAUGUCACGGGCGCAAUACCAUUCGUAUUCAUGUCACAAAUUUUGUUG